CAACAACAGCGCAGCGCAACAACCAAAACAAACGCGGUUGCUGCAGAGGGAUUCCCAGAAAAGGUUUCCUCUUCAUGUGUGCCCCACCUCGCGCCCCCUUAUUUGCAUGCAGGCCCCGCCUCCUCGGAAGAACCAGGCGUGUAUUUGCAUAAGGGAGCACUUGAAACGUUGAGGGUGGUAUGCAAAUAAGGGCUGGCUCCGAUUGGCUGGGGUACAGCAGGUGCCGCGUCCGGAUUGAUCAAAGUCAGGUGGGCGGGGCUGUCGCCCAGGGUGACUCUCCCGGGAGGCGCGUGCCCCGGCUCAGUAGCGUUGGGCUGGCGCGCGCGGUGAAUCUUAAGGCUGCGCUGUCUGCGGGCGCUUCUGGGCCACCAGUUUCCCUGCCUUCCACCCUGGCGCCCCCCAGUCCUGGCUCCCCGGCCGCGCUGCCCCGGGCGUCCACGCCCUGCGGGCUCAGCGGAUUCAGCGGACUCAAUCUGCGCAGCGCCUCCUCCAUGUUGACCAAGCCUCUGCAGGGGCCUUCGGCGCCCCCCGUGACCCCCACGUCGCCGCCAGGAGGCAAGGAUCGGGAAGCGUUCGAGGCCGAGUACCGACUCGGCCCCCUCCUGGGCAAGGGGGGCUUUGGCACCGUCUUCGCGGGACACCGCGUCACAGACCGACUCCAGGUGGCCAUCAAAGUGAUUCCCCGGAGCCGUGUGCUGGGCUGGUCCACCUUGUCAGACUCAGUGAGUUGCCCACUGGAAGUGGCACUGCUGUGGAAGGUGGGUGCAGGCGGUGGGCACCCUGGCAUCAUCCGCCUGCUUGACUGGUUUGAGACACAAGAAGGCUUCAUGCUGGUCCUUGAGCGGCCUUUGCCGGCGCAGGAUCUCUUUGACUACAUCACAGAGAAAGGCCCGCUGGGUGAAGUCCGAAGCCGCUGCUUCUUUGGCCAGGUAGUAGCAGCUGUCCAACACUGCCAUGCCCGUGGAGUUGUCCAUCGCGACAUCAAAGAUGAGAACAUCCUGAUAGACCUCCGCCGGGACUGUGUCAAGCUCCUUGAUUUUGGUUCAGGUGCCCUGCUUCAUGAUGAACCUUAUACUGACUUUGAUGGGACAAGGGUGUACAGCCCUCCAGAGUGGAUCUCUCGACACCAGUACCAUGCGGUCCCAGCUACUGUCUGGUCACUGGGUAUCCUCCUCUAUGACAUGGUGUGUGGAGACAUUCCCUUCGAGAGGGACCAGGAGAUUCUGGAUGCUGAGCUUCAGUUCCCUGCCCAUGUUUCCCCAGACUGCUGUGCCCUAAUCCGCCGGUGCCUGGCCCCCAAACCCUCUUCCAGGCCCUCACUGGAGGAGAUCCUGCUGGACCCCUGGAUGCAAACACCAGCUGAGGAGGCACCCCUCAAUCCCCCCGAAGGAGGCCCCGCCCCUUUGGCCUGGUCCUUGCUGCCCUAGGCCUGGUCAAGAGCCCACUGGUCAGAAUAGCCGUCCCAUGGCCAUGCUGCAGGGAUAGAUGGACACUCAUUAACCUGGUUUUACAGGUCAUUAAAAAUCCAGUAUUACUAAGGUCAGGGAUUGGGGAUCAGGGGUUAGAAGACAACGUAAGCCAAGUCUACCCAGUCCCCAUCCCAAUUCUGUGAAGGAGCCUUCCUCCCAGAACCAGUGGUCCCUUAUUCUGGAGGGGGGACUUCUUGCUUCUCAUUUUGCUAACGAUGUUUAUUUGGGUCAAGUUAGUUCCAUUCUAAGCCCCGGGACUCUUAUUCUGAUUACUUAUCACCCCUUCACUGGCACCUCCUACCUACUACCACCACACAAACUUAGUUCACACGCUCUUAUUUGGGCAAGGGUGCUUUCCUUCUAAUACCCCAGUAGUUUUUAUUUUAGCAAAGGGAUCAUUUCCCCUAGCGUAGGGUCCCACAUUGGGUUAAGCUGCUUGCCUACCUCAGCCCAGGAUUGCUUAUUCUGGGGGAGGUAAUGCCCUAUUGUUAAUCCCAGGGUUCUUUUUGGUGAGGGGAUCCUACUUUGUUAUCCCAAGUGCUCUUAUUCUGGUGAGAAGAACCUUACUUCCUUGAUUUGGGAAGAAAUGGGAGAUGGACACCACCUGACACCACCAGAGACUAGGAUGGGAUGGAUGGUAUUUGGGGGGGGUGGGCUAGGGGAAAUAAGUUUUGCUGUUUGUUCUCCUGGGUCUCCCUCCCUAACUUUUUUGCAGAUUCUUGCUGCCUCCUCCUGAGCCAAUAUUGUCCAGUUGCUAAAAUGUAAAUACUUACAUAUUAGGAGAAGGGGAGCUCCAAGUGUGCCCUCUUCUCCCUUCUCCCUCUGCCUGGAUUAUUUAAAAAGCCAUGUGUGGAAACCCACUAUUUAAUAAAAGUAAUAGAAUCACAA